AUGUUAAGUAUAAGCCUCCUCCUUCUUUGUCUCUCUUUCUCUCUAUUCGACCCAUUUUUAAAUACUAUUCUGUCGGAUUCUAAUCCAUCCUUAAUCUAUCUAUCUAUCUAUCUAUCUCAGUCUGACCAUCUCUCUCUCUCUCUCUCUCUCUCUCUCUCUCUCUCUCUCUCUCUCUCUGUUCAUAUCUAUCUAAAUCUAUACAUAUCCAUCUAUCUCAGUCUGUUCAUAUCUAUCUCUUUCAGUCUGUUUAUAUCUAUCUAUCUAUCUAUCUAUCUAUCUAUCUAUCUAUCUCAGUCAUUUCAAUAUCUCUCUGUAUGUCUGUCUAUGUCUGCCUGUCUGUCUGUCUUUUCAUCUCUCUCUCUCUCUCUCUCUCUCUCUCUCUCUCUCAGUUCUUAUCUAUCUAUCUAUAUCAGUCUGUUUAUAUCUAUAUAUCUAUCAGUCUAUCUAUCUCAUCUGACCAUAUCUAUCUAUCUAUCUAUCUAUCUAUCUAUCUAUCUAUCUCAUCUUUUCAAUAUCUAUUCUAGAAUGUCCAUUUCGAGUAUCUCGUCAUCAAACGAAUCAGGUUACACGGUUCACCCCGUGCACAUGUCACGUGUUCCACUACCAACGCAGACCGCUUAG